AUGAUCCGUCUUCCUGCAUUAGAUACCUCUCCGUCUCGCCUUAAUUGGUCUCCUUUCGCCACUAAUUUUCAGCUAACCCUCCUCCUUCUUCUGAUGUUCUUCCCUUGUCGGCGCUGGUCCUUCGCUCUUUGCUCCACCUCUCCCAACAUCCUCGCUCACCUCAACACGUCCGAUCUGCCUCAUCUUCAAUCGCCACCCAUCAUCCCUUCCCACCCAUCCCUCCCCACCAUCCCUCCCCACCAUCCCUCCCCACCAUCCCUCCCCACCAUCCCUUCCCACCCAUCCCUCCCCACCAUCCCUCCCCACCAUCCCUCCCCACCAUCCCUCCCCACCAUCCCUCCCCACCAUCCCUCCCCACCAUCCCUCCCCACCAUCCCUCCCCACCAUCCCUCCCCACCAUCCCUCCCCACCAUCCCUCCCCACCAUCCCUCCCCACCAUCCCUCCCCACCAUCCCUCCCCACCAUCCCUCCCCACCAUCCCUCCCCACCAUCCCUCCCCACCAUCCCUCCCCACCAUCCCUCACACCACCAUCCCUCCCCACCAUCCCUCACACCACCAUCCCUCCCCACCAUCCCCCACCAUCCCUCCCACCAUCCCUCCCCACCAUCCCUCCCCACCAUCCCUCCCCACCAUCCCUCCCCACCAUCCCUCCCCACCAUCCCUCCCCACCAUCCCUCCCACCAUCCCUCCCCACCAUCCCUCCCCACCAUCCCUCCCCACCAUCCCUCCCCACCAUCCCUCCCCACCAUCCCUCCCCACCAUCCCUCCCCACCAUCCCUCCCCACCAUCCCUCCCCACCAUCCCUCCCCACCAUCCCUCCCCACCAUCCCUCCCCACCAUCCCUCCCCACCAUCCCUCCCCACCAUCCCUCCCCACCAUCCCUCCCCACCAUCCCUCCCCACCAUCCCUCCCCACCAUCCCUCCCCACCAUCCCUCCCCACCAUCCCUCCCCACCAUCCCUCCCCACCAUCCCUCCCCACCAUCCCUCCCCACCAUCCCUCCCCACCAUCCCUCCCCACCAUCCCUCCCCACCAUCCCUCCCCACCAUCCCUCCCCACCAUCCCUCCCCACCAUCCCUCCCCACCAUCCCUCCCCACCAUCCCUCCCCACCAUCCCUCCCCACCAUCCCUCCCCACCAUCCCUCCCCACCAUCCCUCCCCACCAUCCCUCCCCACCAUCCCUCACACCACCAUCCCUCCCCACCAUCCCUCACACCACCAUCCCUCCCCACCAUCCCUCCCCACCACCCCUCCCCACCAUCCCUCCCCACCAUCCCUCCCCACCAUCCCUCACACCACCAUCCCUCCCCACCAUCCCUCCCCACCACCCCUCCCCACCAUCCCUCCCCACCAUCCCUCCCCACCAUCCCUCACACCACCACCCCUCCCCACCAUCCCUCCCCACCAUCCCUCCCCACCAUCCCUCACACCACCAUCCCUCCCCACCAUCCCUCCCCACCAUCCCUCCCCACCAUCCCUCCCACCAUCCCUCCCCACCAUCCCUCCCCACCAUCCCUCCCCACCAUCCCUCCCCACCAUCCCUCCCCACCAUCCCUCCCCACCAUCCCUCCCCACCAUCCCUCCCCACCAUCCCUCCCCACCAUCCCUCCCCACCAUCCCUCCCCACCAUCCCUCCCCACCAUCCCUCCCCACCAUCCCUCCCCACCAUCCCUCCCCACCAUCCCUCCCCACCAUCCCUCCCCACCAUCCCUCCCCACCAUCCCUCCCCACCAUCCCUCCCCACCAUCCCUCCCCACCAUCCCUCCCCACCAUCCCUCCCCACCAUCCCUCCCCACCAUCCCUCCCCACCAUCCCUCCCCACCAUCCCUCCCCACCAUCCCUCACACCACCAUCCCUCCCCACCAUCCCUCACACCACCAUCCCUCCCCACCAUCCCUCACACCACCAUCCCUCCCCACCAUCCCUCACACCACCAUCCCUCCCCACCAUCCCUCACACCACCAUCCCUCCCCACCACCCCUCCCCACCACCCCUCGCCCCUUUCUGGAAAGUCCUCAUGCCCUUCCUCACCUCUCCCGCACGGCUUGUAGGUCCGAGUAG